AGAAGCAGCCACUCCCACCCAACUCAAGGUAUUACAUGUACUUCAAGCUUUCACAGUCGGACAAGGAGCUGACCUUCACCAUACCCGACGUGAAAACACCGGUAAUGGCCGACGAUACGACCGAGUAUGAUAUCUACCAAAACCUCACAGAUGACAGGCUGUUCUCCAUCAAUAUCAGCCACACGUUUGACCAUCGAGUAAUGAACUUCACAGUAAAAGGAAAGGAGCUGGAAAAACCAAAGUCUGUGCCAGUGGACAAUGCGGCAGGAUUCAAAUUGUGGUAUAUUGCUCUGAUUGUGGGUAUCCCGGUAGUGUUAAUCGUUGUGGUAUUUAUCAUCCUGUACUGGAAUAGAGGUGGUACCUGCCGAUUGGGCAAGAAGGAGAGAAAGGCAGGCAACAACUCCGAACAGAAACUGCAAGAGAAUAAUUUCCAGGAUGCGGGUAGAGUUGAUGAUUUCAAUGAUGAUUCCAGAGAAAUGGAGACCGGUAUGAACGCAGAGGCGCGUCCUUUGAGUGAUGGCAUAGAGAAUGCAGAGAUUGGUAAAGGCAGUGAUGACGUCCUGGAGGACGGGUCGGAUGAUACAUGUUCAAGGAAGUCAUUAUGUAGGAUACUGUGAUCUAGUUACAUCAGUUAGAUCACCGCCGACGAAGAAAAACCGAGAGAGCGGCAUCCCAUAGAAAAAAUCCACCUUGACGUCACCCGGCGAAUGCAAUGGCGUGAGGAGGAAAGUACGGAAUUCGGUGGCGAACUUCCUUAAAAAAGCCUCUGCCUGGGCGUACAAAUAUAACGAAACCACCGCUUGUGGUGUCCAGGUUUAAAAAAUAACUAAAGCGAUUGCGGCAAAAAUAACUUACACAUAAAGUGAUGUUUUAUGGAAAUAAUCCUUAUGCAAAAAUUACGUACGCAAACAAGGUGAUGAAUCGACAAUAUGUUGUUAGAGUAAUCUAAACACAUCAGACAUUUUCAAUCGCGACGUGAAAGCUGGUCCAUGUUAAAGAUUGUCUGGAAAAAAAACUUCUUGGACUUAAACAAACUUACUGAAGUAAUAUGAAGUGAGCAUUAAUUUCAUAAAUAUAUUACAUACCGUACCUGCACAAUAAUAUAUUAUCGGAAUAUUCAUUUGGCGGAUCCAAUCGGCGCAUGAAAUUCAAUGAUGUUUCGCAUUGCGCCGUCUAUAAAACCAAUAUCUACGACACAGACAAUAUAGGAUUCUACGAAUUUGCGCAUAUUGCGUUUUAUAAAAUCUAAUAGAGUGUAACUUUAAUUCAAAAUGGAAUGACUAUAUGUUAUAACAUAUGGAAGUGUUGUGAUGCAUGUUAUUAUAAUAUACAUGUUAUUCGUUUGUUUUUUUUCGUGAAUUUUAGAUGUCGUUCCCAACAAAUUUCUUCAAGGAAAACUUUCUCUAUUUUAAAUGUGUGUUGAGUAUUCAAAGGACCGCAAUAUAAGAAAGUAUCAACGGUCCAUUAUGUGUACAAUUAUCAAUAUUAUCAAAAUUACGUUCGAGUGAUGGCAUUUCACAUGAACUAUAUUUUUAACCACAGAAAUAUAAUCUCAUAUACAUAUUCGUGACUAUUUUCAAAAACAAUUCAGAUACAAACUUUCAUAAACAAUUAUUGACAAAAAACACCAAAAAUUAUUAUCCUUGGAAAAAUCUAACUCUAGAAAUCGACUGAUCUUCAGCAAUGUAUAACGGUAAAAUGAUUAUAAUUUUUCGGACAUUUAUUUGAUUUGAUUUCGGGAUUCGAUCGAUCAAUUGACUUAAUCCAAAAUUGCCAAAGUACAGUUUUUAAAGUAGAAAUCAACACAUGUUCUUGUUCACGAAAACGUCGUUUUUUUAAACUCAGGUUUUUAUGUCGUUGAAUUUAAAUGAUGUAAACGAAUUACAUUAUACAAAAAUCUAGCUUUAUUCAAAUGAUACAGGGGUAUUUGUGUGUUUAAUAGCAAAUUUUGUUAAAAAGAGUCAUUUUGUUAUUUUUUUUUGUCAUGUUUAAUAAAUAUAAACGAACGUCAUAUUGCAAUUUUUAUUUGUAGACAUAUAUUAAUAAAACAUGCCGGUAUGUAUGUGAGUAAGUUAAUUGAUGAUUUGUUUACAAAUAUCUACGCACGUUUGGUAUCCAUCCUUUUGCAUUUGAAAUUGGCCUUAAGAGGUAAAUUUUUGACAAUAGUAUUGUAAUAUUAGUUAAGGAUAUUGUAACAUAAUUGUUAAAACAUAACAUGCACUAAAGGGAUACUCGUACAAUCAUUAUAUUCAUAAAGCAAUCAAUUGACAAUAUUGAACAAGUUUGAUCAGUCGGUACGAAUGUAUAAUAUGACAUCAAUUUUGUAUUUUCUUAAACCAAAGUUAAUAUUCUGGCUUGUGACACACGUGGUAGAGCUGUUGGUUAAAGUUAUCUUUCAAUGCAUGAAUGAUUCCCCAAUUGUAUGUUUGCUUGCUUAUUACGUUGUCCAAGACUUACAUUUAGAUGAAUAUUUUUUUAUAAAACAUAGUUGUUUGUAUUUCAGCUGUGUGUGACUGUUUCUCUGUUUUAUUUGUUUUGAUAAACCUUUCAACAUUUUGUUUAUUUCGCUUAUAUGUCAAGUUUCUAAUUUGUUGUUGCUGAUAUUGCUUUAAAGCAAAAUAUAUUAUGUUGUAUGUUAUAAAGUGUAUUCGUGCAUUGUGUAUCUUUCUUAACAUAAUAGAUGUCAUGCCAUUGCUAAAAACAGAAGAUAUAUUGUAGUGUUAAUAGUUAACUCUUAGAGGAAUGUGAUGUUUCAAAUAUGUUAUUUUAUAAAUCAACCCGUUCACAAAUAGAUGUUUUGUAAACUUAUUCGAAGGGUUGAUAAAAGGUUUACAUGGCAAGGUCUUAAUUUAUUUUUACCAGUUAGCCAGCUACACAUUUUAGUUUUAACCUGCACGUUUGUGUCUCACUUGUCAUGAUUUACAAUAUCCUCCUUUUGAAUGAGUUGGUUUAAGCUAAUAAACCUGCUUUUACAAACACAGCCAUUCCUUGUUUGCUGAAAACAUUACCCUUCGGAAAGUACAACGACACGAAAACUGCUAAUAAAUUGUUAAACCUAAA